UGAAAAUGGGGGAGUUGGGUUGGGGGGUGGGAGAGGGGGAGCUAUAAUCUGUAUUGGAAGUGAGAGAAAUUCAAAGGCGCAGCGCAUAAAUCUCAUGCAAAACAAAAAGAGUGGGCUGCAAAGAAACAGAGGGAGAGGGAGAAUUGUCACUAACACAAAAACACACUAUUAUUGGUCCCUCUCUCUUCUCUCUCUCUCUCUCCAUCUCUUUCAUUUUGAUUCUCCUGCAUCAAUUAAUCAUUCUCUGCUCUCAGCCGAUCAACCCAUAUAUCCGCAUUCCCCACAGUUUUCUUCCGGGGGCGCGCGCCCACGAGUGCGCCGUACCCCGAUCCAUCACCAUGGCCCGUAAACGCAUCCUUCUCUCCACCCGCUCCACCGUCAUCGUUCUGCUCGUCAUCAUUUUCUUGCAUCUCACGUCCGUCUCCGCCGAGUCGGAAGCCGAUAUCUUGAUUAAAUUUAAGGAGUCUCUCAAGAACAGCGGCGCCUUGUCCAACUGGAACAAUCAGAAGCCGCCAUGCAGCGGCGAUCACGAGAAUUGGGUUGGAAUUUUCUGCGAGGAGGGGGCUGUCUGGGGGCUCCAGCUUCAAAACAUGGGGUUGGAGGGCGUCAUUGAUUUGGAUUCCCUAACAAAGUUGACCCACUUGAGAACUAUGAGCUUUAUGUACAACAAUUUUCAUGGGCCUAUCCCGGAUUUGGCCCGCCUUUCGGGGCUGAAAACGGUUUAUCUUUCGCACAACAAGUUCUCUGGGGAAAUCCAACCAGAAACUUUCAUUGGGAUGACGGGGUUGAAAAAACUUCAUUUGGCUAACAACAAGUUCUCUGGGCAGAUUCCUAUCUCGUUGCUGGAACUGCCUAAGCUCAUGGAGUUGAUGCUGGAAAACAAUGAGUUUGAAGGUUUGAUACCACAGUUUCCACCAGACAGGCUUAAAAGGUUGAACGUAUCCAACAACAAACUGGUCGGAGAGAUUCCUCAUAGCCUCAGUAAUUUCACUACUUCCAUUUUUGACGGCAACACUGAUUUAUGUGGGGCGCCAUUGAAAUCAUGUACUACCCCAAACAAACUGUCCGUUGGAACAAUAAUCCCUGUCACAAUACUGGUGGCAGCAGCAUUGGGAGCAUUGGUAGUAGUAGUAGUCAUCCUCCGCAGACGUAAGCAAGCCCCCCUGGGACCUGGGGAAGCUGCAGCAGUCUCGGCCUCAGCCUCAGCCACCGCAUCUGCAUACGGAAAGGCCGAGCAGAAAGCUUAUGUGGAGUUAGACAAAAUGGAACAAGGCCGAGCUGCUGCUACAAGCCGAGCUGUCACUCCAGGGACGGUAUCCCCUGAGAAACACAGCCAUGCCAAGAAGUCCGAGCCGAAUGUUAAGAUAACCUUCCUGAAAGAAGAGAGGGAUAAGUUUGACAUGUCGGACUUGCUCAGGGCGUCAGCUGAGGUUCUAGGCAGUGGCGUCUUUGGCUCGACGUACAAAGCCGCUCUGGGUGACGGGCAGAUGAUGGUUGUGAAGAGAUUCAAGCACAUGAACAAUGUGAAUAAGGAAGAGUUUCAUGAGCAUAUGAGAAGGCUGGGCAGGUUGAGCCACCCCAACUUGCUUCCUAUUGUGGGCUUCUACUACAGGAAAGAGGAGAAGCUCUUGGUCGCUGACUAUGUGGAGAACGGCAGCCUGGCUGUUCAACUUCAUGGCAAUAGAUCUCGGGGUCGCCCAUGCCCCAACUGGGCAACCCGUUUGAAGAUAAUCAAAGGAGUAGCCAAAGGCCUAUUAUACCUCUAUAAUGAGCUCCCAAGCCUAACCGCUCCCAACGGCCAUCUGAAAUCCUCGAACGUUCUCCUCGACAGGUCCUUUAAUCCCUUCCUCACGGACUACGGACUAGUGCCGGUAGUCAAUCAAGAACACGCACAGGAACACAUGGUCUGCUACAAGUCAACCGAGUACAAACAAACCGGGCGGAUCACCAAGAAAACCGACGUAUGGACCCUAGGAAUCCUGAUCCUGGAAGUCCUGACAGGGCGGUUCCCAUCAAAUUUCCUGCAGCAGGGCAGGAGUAAUGACACGGAUAUGGCGACGUGGGUGGAGUCCGUGAUAAGAGACGAAGCGAGCAACAUGGAGAUAUUUGACGCCAACAUGGAGAGGGCUAAACAGUGCGAGUCCGAGAUGAUGAAACUAUUGAAGAUUGGCUUGGAUUGCUGCCAGGCUGAUGUUGACAGCAGGCCUGACAUCAAAGAAGCUGUCGAGAAGAUUCAGGAGGUUAAGGAAGAAGCAACUUGAUGAUGAUGAUAAAUUUUUAUGCAUGGACUGUCUGAUGAUUACAAUGCUAUACAGCCAAUUUAUAGCUAGCUUAUUGGCUUUCAGCUUUAGAACAUGUCUUUUUCAUCCUCCUACAUUUAUUGUUUGUACUGGAUUUUGCAUUUUGUGCAUUUUAAUGUCAGAAGAUUGUUUUGGUAGAAGCUUCAAAUUGACAGAAAUCAGCUCAUUGUCUGUGGAGUUGUGGGAUUUAUUGCUAUUGCUAUACAAAGCUGAAAGAAUGAACAAAAUCUUCUAUA